CCAUGUUGAUAACCUUUAGGUGAUCGUCCGAGUCCGCCGGCCACCAGUCUGUCGCGGUCUGCCUCGAUGCGCAGAUCUCCCGUGUAAUUAAUUUCAAGUGUACCUACAUAAUAAUUAACUGUGAUGUUACAUAAAAUUGUGUGUUUGGUUGCGCUGACCAUAGCCGUGACUGCCCAAGACCGGAAAUGCAAUAAUGGCGUGGCAUGCAUCCCCCUCGCGCAGUGCUCGGGGCUGAACAGCCAGCUGCAGAGCGGCAGAACCGAGGAGCUGGUGACGCUGCUGAGGAGACUGCACUGCGGAUUCGACCACGACGACCCUAAGGUAUGCUGUCCCCCCGAGUUUCAAACGGAGAGCCAGCCUAACAGAAUAGGCGUCGGUUUCACUGGGUCAGCAGCAGCCGCCAGUUUCCCUGGCCCUGCUGCUUCUAGCAGCGAAUCUGACAGCUUGCUGCCAAGCAACAAAGUGUGCGGGAUACAGACUAACGACAGGAUUGUAGGUGGUGAGCAGACUGAAUUAGAUGAGCAUCCGUGGACAGCUCUGCUUCGAUAUGACAAACCCCGAGGAUGGGGCUUCUAUUGCGGCGGUGUGUUGAUAUCCGCGCGGUACGUCAUGACUGCGGCCCACUGCGUCAAAGGCGCUGAUCUGCCGAAGAACUGGAGAUUAACCCAAGUCCGCCUCGGAGAAUGGAACACGUCGAGCGCCACGGAUUGCUACGGCGGCGAGUGCCACUCGGACAUCCAGGACGUGCCAGUGGAGGAAGUCAUGGCGCACGAGGAGUACGACCCCCACAGUACCAACCAGCACGCAGACAUAGCGCUGCUGAGGCUCGCCAGGAACGUGCGCUUUACAGAUUUCAUCAAGCCAAUCUGCCUGCCGUCGACGAAUGCCCUGAGGACCAGUACUUUCGAAGAUUACGACAUGGAGGUCGCAGGCUGGGGUAAAACUGAAACACGAUCUGAAUCGGACGUGAAACUAAAAGUCCGCGUACCCGUCGUCACCCUCGCCGAAUGCUCGAAAGUGUUCCGGCCGGUGGGGCGGCGCAUCAUCAACAAGCAGAUCUGCGCGGGCGGCGUGGCGGGGCGGGACUCGUGCCGCGGGGACUCCGGCGGCGCGCUCAUGGGCCGCGUGCCGGCGGUGGACAACUGGAUCGCCGUGGGCGUCGUGUCCUACGGACCCUCGCCCUGCGGCACGGUCGGCUGGCCGGGGGUUUACACGCGCGUGGGCGCGUAUUUCGACUGGAUUGUGAGCAAACUUAGACCUUGAGACUGAUGUUAGGUUGGGGAUCUCCAGGCAUGGCCAGCUUUAUUUUCAGAGGAAAUCCGUCGCCUCCUAAGCUCUUCACCGAAUUUGUACGGGGUUGGCCGGAGAAGUAUUGUACAGAUGGUGCCAGCAUACUUGCCCAGAAUUGUGUUAAGUACUUAGUACUUUUUAUGCCCAGGAUGCCAGUCAAUUCUUAUAGGCACUUUGAGAUAUGGGAAAGCUAUGAUAGCGCUAUUUAUGCAGAUUUUUUUACGGUUGAAAGCCCUAUCGAUAGUGUUGGAUGAAAUAUUUUCAUUGGAAUUUAACGUUUGUGGCAGCAUUUCUAUUUUCCAUUCUAACCACUGCAAAGUCGAUUUCUCUGUCUAGCCUCCUUCCAUGCCGCCGGCCUAAGUUUGGAGCCCCUGUUUUAGGUUAGUUUAGUUGUAAGAGUAUACUCAAAGCGGUUGUGCCAUUUAAAACCGUCGUAGGUUUUUCUGGUCAUGUUUGCCUAGUACUUUGUAUGGUAUUUACAUAGAUUUAGAAUUAUUAAACUAGAUUGUGGAA